CCUCCACUCUCUCUCUCGCCUUCCUCACCACUUUCCCCCGGCCAUGCCUCCAACGCAGUGCCGAAAUCAAUGCGAGCUCUGAUCAGGCUCUCGUCAACACCAGCCCCACCCAUCCUCUCAUUACCAGGCUUCGACCCAAGCCGGCCACCACCAGAGCGCGACACCUUCCUCCCAGAGUCGCCAGUGGCCUCACCCGAGGCAGCGACUUCACCAGGCCGCGCGGUUAGCGCGGCACCUUGCACAGCCGAAGAUAAGGUCGAGCCCGCACAGCCCACAUCACCAGACCUCGCCCCAGCUGCACCUGUCACCAGCCACUACUUCGAGAAGCCGGAAGACGCCUCGACCAUGCCGGCGGUAGCGCCCCUUCCCUCCAAGCCGCUCAUUCCCCCGUUUGUCAACGCCUCCUCAGACCCAAUAGCAAAAAUCAAGGCGACCGAAACACCACGGCGCGCACCUGCGCCUGUGGGUGACGAGUUUGACGACAUUGUCGAGCUGUCCGAGUCAGACUUUACGCCCGAAGAGAUCCUGCGCUCGGAGAGCAAGCGCAAACGCAAGGGGCUGAGUGUCCCACGGCGGUCUCACACACCCGCGCCAGCGCCGUCCAGCGCGCCGACCGUCGACUCGAUCGACCUGUCUGUUGACUCGUCGCCACCCGUGUUACGCAAAUCUCCUCGCAUUGCCCGGUCAAACGCGUCAUCGACCUCGACACCGUCACGGCAGGCUAUCAAUGCGCUCAAGGACCACAUAGCGAGUCCGUCAAAGUCAGCAGCUGCGUCUAGCUCCAGAAAGGCGGCUACGCCCAGCCGCAGCACGCGUCGGCGUGUGCAAGUCAGCAGCGAUAGCGAAGGCGACUAUGCGCCACCCGCCGCUGUAGUCGAAAGCAGCGAUGACGAGGUUCUGCGCAGGCCCAAGCGGUCACGGACGAAGUCUCCUGCAAAGGAAGCAUCAAGCUCCUCAUCAAAGUCACCCUCACCGAAAAAAUCGCAAUCGCCUGCUGCUGCAAAGUCGUCUGCGUCGUCGUCGCCAGCCAGGUCGUCGAAUACGGCCAAGCUGUCCCCGCCAGCCGACACGCCAUCGCCCUCAAAGUCGAUAGACAAGGGCAAGGAGCGCGCCGAACCGUCACCUAAGCGCUCGCCGUCUCCUAAGCGUCCACCACCAGCCGCGCUGGCCGACUUGUUUGCAGACGAUGACGAUGACGACGAAGCCGACGAGUUUGACUACCUCGACGACGAUCUCGACUACAAUGCGAUCCCCUUCCCCGACGAUGGCAUUGCGAUCCCCGACUUUUCGCAAUACCCGCCUGUCCGAGGCCCGACGCCGUCGCCACCAGUGUACGGCGUACCGGAUGAUGACGACGAGGACGACGACUUUCUGCCCCUGAUGGUCAACCAAGCGCGCAGCACGCGCGCGGCCAAGGCGGCGUCACCAUCCAAAUCCGCCAGCCCGAUCAAGUUCAAGGACCUCAAGUUCAUCACUGAUCUCGACGAUCGUCGUCUGCAGUCGUUCUAUCGCAACCACUGGCGACACAAGGGUGCGGAGGAGGAAGACGAGCAGGAGGAGGAGGACGACGAGCACUUUAGCGGCGUGGCAGCGCCGGUGACUGAGUUAAAGAAGCGUGGGCCUCCAUUCAAGCGGGGUGGAAAAGGGGGACGAGGUGGCAAGUUUAGGCCGUGGGGGAAGCGGGGUGGGCGGCGGUGA